UAUGAGUUCAAGAAGGAAGGACAGAAAGCAGCUCUACUUGAACUUGGACCUCGGUUCACGCUAAGACUGAAGUGGCUCCAGAAAGGAACAUUUGACACUAGAUGGGGCGAGAACCGAUUUGCCUGGGGCGAGGAUGCACUUGGACCCCAUGUCCCCGUCGGUGGAAAAAUGGGAGCUCCUGAAAACCCAGAGCUGCACACUUAUGAUGGAGAGUAUCGUGGAACUCCUUCAAAAGGAGAUGUACUUAUACCUGAUUGGUCCUACCGUUCUGCCACUAAGACCACUACAUACAUUGACAGAUGUGUAACGAAAUUCAUCUCAGCCCUACUUUGGGAGCUUGGUAUACUUCCUGAUUCGGCAGAAGAUCCGGAAUACUGGGGCAACCAUGGAAAGAAAUAUGGGACAUACCGU